AUGGCAAGCCGAGGUACCCAGGUAGGUAAUAACCUAGGCAAGGUACAUGCAGUUGCCCGUGCCAGUGUCGCUCAAGCUCUCGAGCGCAUCACCAAGGAGCGUCAAAGUAGUUCCAAGCACAAGAAAAACGACCAGUGCCGCAGACCAACCUCAGGCAGGCGAGACAAGUCUCACACUCCCUAG